AAAAAUCCUCCCAACGCCAUCCUACGUGGCGCCUCUACUGUGUUUUCUUGCCUUAAGAGUUCAUUAUUGAAUCUCAUUCUCACCUCUACUGUUUUUCCCAUUUUUGGGAUCCCCUCUUUCCUUCUUUGGCUUUUCACACUUGCGAAAUGGUUUUUUGAUUGGCAGAAGUGAAAAGCUCUUUCUUUUUCUUUCUUCCUCUUCUUCUCAAAACUCCCUUUUGUAGAGAUUUCUGCAACUAUGGUGGCCGAGGCUAUGGAUCAGUCUGAUGGAAAUAGUGGGGCUGUAUCUUCUGCAGUUAACAGUAAGGUGGAAACUAUGACCACACAGGCUGGGGUCUCAAGUUCUUUAGGGAGUGAAUACUUGCCAAAGGUGAGGAAACCUUAUACCAUAACAAAACAGCGAGAGAGAUGGACAGAGGAAGAACACCAAAGGUUUGUUGAAGCCUUGAAGUUGUAUGGGCGUGCAUGGCGUAAGAUAGAAGAACAUGUUGGUACAAAAACUGUGAUUCAGAUUCGAAGCCAUGCUCAGAAGUUUUUCACCAAGGUUGUUCGUGAUUUGGGGAAUGAUGGUGAUGGACCCAUAGAGAUCCCUCCUCCUCGGCCUAAGAAGAAACCUUUGCAUCCUUACCCUCGUAAAAUGGUUGAUUCGUCUAAACCUGAGAUGGAAGUUUUAGGUCAAUCUGAAAGGUCUCCUUCAAAAAUGUAUAACGGAGAGAGAGAUAAUCAGUCUCCAGAUUCAGUUUUGUCAGCGAUUGGUUCAGACGAUAUGGAAUCUCCAGUUGCUGAGUUGCAGCACACCCAACUGCAACGUUCUCCUGCUUCAUGUACUAGUGAUGCAGAUUCACCUAACUUAGCACCUAUAGAGAAUGAUAACGAAUGCCUAACAUCUAACUCCAGUGUCGAGAAGAAAGGAUCUGUUGCAUCAGUUGGAGUGACUGCCAAGUCCUCCCACCCUACAGACAAUUCUUCUGUGAAACUUGACCUGCUUUCUAGGGAUACCGCAUCUUCUGUGAAAGAGCUAUCCAGGGAUAACCCAGGAAGUUUCAGGUUAUUUGGACAGACAGUUUCAGUUUCUAUAGCAGUAGCCGAUUCUUCUAAACAAGAACCACAUAACUUUAAGGAUGCUGCUAGAGAGGAAAAUGAUAACACAACAGUUGAAGGUCUACCUAACCAUGUAAAUUCGCAGUUUGUUUACACAAUGGUUCCACACAGUAUGAUCCCCCCAGCCAGCUGGUUUCCACAGUUUUUACCAAAUAACGACUCCAAACCGACUACCAUGCCGCCUUGGUGGUCUUGGCACCAAGAUCUCAUGCAUCAGUAUUUUUCUUCGUGCAGCCAUGUAGCUGCACAAACAACAUAUCCCGAAGAGGACUUCAAACACCCUCGACCUCUGAGGGAAAGGUCAUCAACUGAUUCAAGCAGUGGAUCAGCAAGCGAAGUAAACAGCGUGCUUAGAAAUUGUGAUGCAAUUGAAUCUAAAGGUGGCACAGUGAAGCUCGAGAAUACCCAGAACAGGAAAGGGUUUGUACCAUACAAAAAAUGCUUAGCUGAGAGAAAUGAGGAGUCAUCAGCAGCUGACAUAGAAGAACCAGAGAGGAAAAAGCUGUGUGUUGGGUUAUAGAACGAACAUUUUUCAUUUUGGUAUGGUUCUCGAUCUAGUCUACUUCCACAGGAUCAUUCUUUAUGAGUAUGGAGUAUGGAUGUAACCUUCCUCUGUUGUAAAGAUUUAAGGCUAGAGAACCAUUUCUCCCCCACUUUUUCUUUAAUUUUUACAUAGAAUAUAAUUUUUUUGCACCAUGUAUCCAUUCAUGAGGAAGAACACUAUCCUUGAAUUUUCCUUUCAACUUAUUAUUUCCCAACACUGUACUCUAUUUAACUGUGACAUUCAUCAUCGUUUGAAGUUGUUAA